UUCUCGCGCCUUCCCCUCAGGUCUUUUCUACUCAGUUGACUUCAAUCCUGGGAGGUCCUUUCAAAUCGCCAGUACACAAGUACUUGCCCGCCUUUAACCAUCGCGAUGGCUGAUGCUUCAACCACUAUCGCUACCCUGCCGGCGUCUGUCGGCACGGUUGGUGAAAAGCACCGCGAAUCAUACGACGCAACUGCCCAAGCUGCGAUCGAGGCAGAGGCUAAAAACAUACCAUCUGUCCUUGACAGCGAUGGUCAUGAGACCUUCCAUGGACUGGUUCUCCCCACGGAGGAAGAGAAGGCGACCCUCAGGCGUGUAGCCGGUAGUAUGCCUGCUACGGCCUACCUACUUUGUGCCGUAGAGUUCGCCGAGCGUGCUUCUUAUUACGGGUGCUUCCAAGUCUACAAGAACUUCAUUCGUGCUCCCCUCCCACCAGGAAGCACAACUGGAGCUGCCGGUUAUACGGACCGUACCGCUGGUGCCCUAGGCAUGGGCUCUGUUACGGCCUCAGCGAUGACCGAAGCAUUCAAGUUCUUAGCUUAUUCUCUUCCGGUUUUCUUCGGUUGGCUUGCUGAUACCAAGUACGGCCGUUUUCGAAUGAUCUGUCAAGGCGUUGCUGUUUGCGGUAUUGCGCACAUCAUCAUGAUCAUAUCCGCCCUUCCACCCGUCUUGACCUCCGGUCACGCUGUCGGCCCCUUUGCCUUGUCUCUGUACAUGCUCUCUAUCGGUGCAGCUCAGUUCAAGCCCAAUAUUUCACCAACCAUUAUGGAUCAGUCUCCUCACAAAGUGGCUCAUGUCAUCACCGACAAAAAUGGCGAAAAGGUCAUCGUUGACCCCCAAGAGUCCCUCAACAGCGUGAUGCUGUGGUUUUACCUUUUAAUCAACGUCGGUGGGAUGUUCGGUAUUGCGACCACUUACUUGGCCAAAUUAGUCGGCUACUGGGCGGCGUACCUUAUUCCUACCAUUAUCUAUCUGCUGCUACCCCCCCUGCUAUGGUAUCUCAACCCACGUUUGGUCAAGCAACCCCCCGGUGGCUCCGAUCUGGGCAACGUCUUCAGGCUGCUUGGAGACAUCCUUUUUAGCGGCGGUAUCUCCCGUAUCGGCCGAAAGGGUUUCUGGAACCUUGGGAAGCCCAGUGCUCGUCAUGCUGCCGGUUCCAAGAAAGAAUACGGAUACGAUGACCAAUUCGUUGACGAUGUCCGCCGUACCUUCCAGGCUUGUGGUAUCUUUAUAUUCUUGCCUAUUUUUCAAAUCAACGAUGGUGGUCUUGGUGCUGCAGCCAACGCUUUGACUGCUGGUAUGGACACCAACGGUGUCCCCAACGAUCUUCUUGACAACUUGAACUCCGUGUCUAUCGUUCUGUUGGUUCCUGUAAUGAACCAUAUACUCUACCCACUCCUGCGCAAGUGGGGCAUUCAAUGGGGCAGUAUCUCCCGUAUAACUUUCGGUUUCGCUCUAUGCACCAUCGGCUCGGUCGGUUACCCCGUAUUGCAGUAUUAUGUCUACAAGACCUCCCCUUGCGGCUGGAAUGCGACCACUUGCGCGGAUAUCGUACCUGAGGGCGAGAACUUCUUGUCCACCAUCUCGUACGCUCUAUAUGCGAUUCCCACGAUCGUUACUGCCUGCUCCGAAAUUUUCAUCAAUGUUACUUGUUACGGUAUUGCCUACGCCAAGUCUCCAAAGAACAUGAAGGGUCUCGUUGCUUCAAUCAACCUCUUCAUGACAGCUAUCUCUGCCGCUAUUGGUCUCGCCACUGCUCCGGCCAUCAGCGAUCCCUACCUCAUCUGGGCUUUCGCUGGUCCGACCAUUGCUGGGGCAGUCUUGACCGUGGUCUUUUGGUUCACAUUCAAACAUAUCGAUAAUGAGGAGUUCGUCAUCAACACCGAUUUCAGUGACAUGAAGCGUGACUCCGACGAAGAGAGCAACCUAGAGCGCACACAAGGCGUCCUCGCCAACGAGAAGACCCCUGUUGAGACGGCUCCGGUGGAGAAGACACCAACCAAGGAAUGAAGAGAACCUCCGUACGUAAGAACACGUAAUAUGGCUGGUUAUUAAUGAUACCCAUACUUCUCGGUCAAAAGAACGUAGAACGUAAAUAAGUAGCAAUAUUACAAUAUUGGCGCGCUAUAAUAUUAUAAUUUCAAGUAAA